AUGAAGGAUGAGGCGGAAGCGGUAGAGGAAGGACCCAAGGUCUCCUUGCCCUGGGCGUUUAUCGAUUGUGAGAUCGACAGCUUGAUCGAGCUGGUCGCUCAUAUGCUAAACAAGCUAUUGGAGCACAACGACCAAGUCGUACUCACCCCCUCGGCGUUGACCCGGUUCCACUCGAGAGCUCCUCCAGGCAUCAGCGUUUUGGAUUAUCUUAAACGGAUCGUCAAGUAUACCAACCUCGAAAAACUCCCCCUCCUCUCCCUCUUAGCCUACAUAGACAUCACAUGCACCAACCUUCCCACUUUCACUCUAUCCUCCCUGACCGUCCACCGGUUCGUCAUCUCGGGGAUAACAGCCGGUUCAAAAGCCCUCUGCGACGUCUUCUGUACCAACGUCCAUUAUGCCAAAGUAGGCGGGAUCAGGGUGGGAGAGUUGAACGCGCUCGAGAGGGAGUUUUUAAGGGUGACGGAUUGGGACUUGUGUGUACCGGCAGAGUUGAUCCAGCAAUACUACUCGUCCUUGAUCCGUAGUCACGGAGGAUUUGUACAAUCGGGUCCACCGGAAAAGAGCCCGUUCACCGUCUUCCCGCUCGAAGGACCCGUCAAGAAUAGGCCAGCGAAACGGGACUCGGGGGAUGAGAAUCGAGCUAGUGGGAGCGGUAGUAGCAGUGGAAAGGACGAAGCAGAUGAUGAGGGGGGCGAGGGAAUGGAGGUGGAUAUGGUCAAGGAUGAGAUCCGGGUCAGGUCGGGUGAAACGGGCAAGACCGAGAAAGAGGUGGAAAGCCUCUUGAAAGAGGUUUUGAGGGGUAAGGAGCGCUGUUUCUACUACGGGUGCCCUUCGGGUGAGGCUGAUAUCCUUGAUCGGCUGCACAGCGGAUCCGAGUAG